AUGUACGGAGCGACAGUGAGAUAUCCGGUAUCUUUAAAGUUUUGGAGCGGUCUUAGAAUUUGCGCUUUCGGGGAUUUUAACGAAAACGGAAGGCAGUGAUAAGAACUUGCCGCAGCACAUAACUGACAGUUGCGAUUGUGCAAUAUCUCCUUCACAUUGUUGCGUAACACUAGCGGUGCCACUUUGGUGGAGAAUCUGUUAAAAAAAAACAAUUAACGAGUUAAUCUGACAAAACCGGUGAUUGAAAGGCGUUCAUUUAAGUAGCUAUACCAGAGGGACAAAUGAACUGAAGUUAAUUUCCUGUCUGGCGACUAAUGCUUAGUAAAAGCUUUGAAAGCUUUGGUAGACUCUAUCUGAGACUUCACACUUAUUCUUGAAAGUAACUCCUGCAUAGCUCAGGUGAUCUCCGUUGCAGCUUCCUAGUAUAGCUACCUUCUCCAUCUACAGCGAUGGAAAGCUCGCCCUCGAAGAAUGAUCAAGACACAUCACUGAAUGAGUCGACCGUACCAGGGGAGAACAAAAAAUCAACAGAGGUGCGGGUGAACCCCGAAGAGGUAACUGGUACAUCGGCAGGUCUUCGUCUGACUAAAGAAAUGCUGGAAUAUUACGAUAAAAAAGACAAGGAAAUGCAGUCUUAUAAGAAGAAAUACGAAGAGGCUGCUUAUCGGGUGUAUGGCACCAUUCCCCGUGGUGUUGAUCUACAGAAGUUCCAAGAAAAAAUGAAAGAUUUAAAAGGAGAAAAAUGA